AUGUGGUACACCGCCAAUUUACCACCUCUUAAUGAGAAGUUCUUCACAGAAACACCCAAUAACUAUCCGUGGCCUGAUCUGGGACUCGAUCUUAGGUCUCGAGGAUCUGCAGCCGUAUAUGCUGACGAGCUGCAGCAAAUAUCCAUCUCGGUGACGUCGACGUCAGUGGGAGCGGAGACUGACUGCUGUGGCCAGGAACGCUAU